AGCACAUUCUCCGCUGUGAGGAAGUGAAGUAAGAAAAUGCCUGAACCCGCCAAGUCAGCGCCCAAAAAGGGCUCCAAGAAAGCCGUGACCAAGACCGCCGGCAAGGGCGGCAAGAAGAAGAGAAAGACCAGGAAGGAGAGCUACGCCAUCUACGUGUACAAGGUUCUGAAGCAGGUCCACCCCGACACCGGCAUCUCGUCUAAGGCCAUGAGCAUCAUGAAUUCGUUCGUCAAUGACAUCUUCGAGCGUAUCGCCGCUGAAGCCUCCCGCCUGGCCCACUACAACAAGCGCUCCACCAUCACCUCCAGGGAGAUCCAGACCGCAGUUCGCCUGCUUCUCCCCGGUGAGCUGGCCAAGCACGCAGUUUCUGAGGGCACAAAGGCCGUCACCAAGUACACGAGCUCCAAGUAAACUGCAUCUUUACUUAAUCCCGAACAACGGCUCUUUUCAGAGCCACACAUCUCUUCUAAAG